ACACUCACGUUGUAAACAUGGCGGCCAUUAGCAGAAGUCUUGGACAAUCCGUUAAAAAAUUGUUAAAUACACACAAUGGGAUCAUUACAUCUUGUCAACAAAGAUUUCUUAAUUUGCAAGAAUAUCAGAGCAAAAAAUUGAUGCAAGAUCAUAAAAUUACUGUUCAAAGAUUUUGCGUAGUGGAUAACUUGAAAGAAGCUAAUGAUAUAGCAAAAAACUUCAAGGCUGAUGAAUAUGUAAUCAAAGCUCAGAUUUUGGCUGGCGGCCGUGGAAAAGGCGUUUUUGACACAGGAUUUAAAGGUGGUGUGAAAUUAACAAAAAAUCCAGAUGAAGUUGCCAAUUACAUUGAAAAAAUGCUUGGAAAUAAAUUGACGACAAAGCAAACUCCUCCGGGUGGUGUCAAAGUUAAAAAAGUUAUGGUUGCACAAGCUUUAGAUAUAUCUAGAGAAACCUACUUUGCUAUAUUGCUCGAUAGAGCUACUGCAGGGCCUAUUCUAGUUGGUAGUCCAGAAGGAGGCAUGGAUAUUGAACAGGUAGCUGAGGACUCUCCUGAAAAAAUUUUCAGAGAACCUAUCGAUAUUGAAGUUGGAUGCACACGGGAAAUUGCUGAAAGAAUGGCAAAAAAUUUAAACUUUGAAGGACAAAAAUUAGUCGAUUGUGCUGACCAGAUAGAAAAAUUGUACAAUUUCUUUAUCAAAGUUGAUGCUACACAAGUAGAAAUAAACCCUCUGGGAGAAACACCUCAAGGCCAAGUUGUCUGCUUUGAUGCAAAAAUAAACUUUGAUGACAACGCCGCAUUCCGACAAAAAGAAAUUUUUGCUUUGGAUGACAACUCUGAAACAGAUCCCAGAGAAGUUGAAGCCCAAAAGUACGAAUUAAACUAUGUUGGUAUGGAUGGUAAUAUUGGAUGUCUAGUUAAUGGUGCAGGCUUAGCUAUGGCAACCAUGGAUAUCAUUAAGCAUCAUGGAGGUGAACCAGCCAACUUUUUAGACUGUGGUGGUGGCGUUACUGAAGGUCAAGUUCUCCAAGCUUUUAAGCUGUUGACUGCCGAUCCAAGAGUUGAAGCUAUCCUCGUUAAUGUUUUUGGCGGUAUUGUUGAUUGUGCAGUCAUUGCCAAUGGCAUAGUAAAAGCAUGUAAGAAUAUUGACUUGAAAAUUCCCGUUGUUGUCAGAUUAGAAGGCACCAAUGUUGAUAACGCAAAGGCUUUGUUGGAGCAGUCAGGAUUAUCUUUAAUAACUGCCUCAGACUUUGGAGAUGCAGCUGUGAAGGCUGUUGCUGCUCUCAACUAA